GGGCAUUAAUGGGGAAUGUACAAGAUAUCAUGAAAGAAGCCAAAGCAUACUGCUGCUUUGUGGAUGCAUCUUGGGUUUCCCCAACUGAAUGUGCAGGAAUUGGGUGGGUCCUUUACAAUGACAAAGCUCAAAUGGUUCUCAAAGGUAUGGCCUCUAUACCUCCAACUAACUCUUCGAUUGAAGCGGAAGCGGAAGCCCUUAGGUCGGCAAUGAUGCAAGUACGGAGACUGGGUUACGAAGAGGUUAAAUUUUGUGUCGAUGCUUCAAUCCUGUAUCAGAAUGUAGCGCCAUAUCUGCAAAAGGACAAGAAGGCAUGCCCCACAACUAACUCCCCUUUGGCCGCUUAUAUCCAGGACAUACAAAAACUUGCUACAAUUUCAGCUUCUUUUGUUGUAAGUAAAGUGAAUAGUACAAUCAAUGAUGUAGCUGAUCAUCUCGCAAAAGUAGCAAGAUCCAAAAAGAUGCAAUAUGUAAUAUCAUGGACUCAUGAGUUCAAACAACUCGUGCAGACUACUGAAUCGGGUGCAAAUGCAAGUCAAGAGGUAUCCUCAAAUGCUUAAUAUUGUGCUUUUUAUCACCAUAGCAAAAGGAACAAUUCACGUGCUCCUCCUAAUAAACCUUAAACGUGUAA